GAGCGUUCCUCGUUUCCAGGGGAACAUUACGAAAGACGGACUGUCAUUUGUAAACAGUCCCACGUGUGCCAACGAUGACGUAGCUCAUGGUGUCAACAGGAUGAGCUAUAAACAGCCUGUAACUCAGUCAACUCUACACGAAUUGAACAUUCUUUUUACAUCGAACCUCUAUUGAAAUUGUAAAUAUAGAGACAGCCCUGGGUGUAGCUAUGAAAUUGCUAUUUCUUGCAUGCCUCAGUCCAAAAACGGGAAACUGCACCACAGCCGAGAGAAUAAGGGCACACAUUGAAUCAGCGGGUCACACCUGUGAGCUUCGAGAUGCUGCGGAUUUCAAGUCAUCGGCAGAGGUGGCCAGUUUGAUAGAACAGAAGCCACCCUUCGAGGGUGCUAUUGCCAUUCACCUGUUCAAAGGAGGCAGGCUCCUUCUAGGUGAAGCUACAGUACCUUCAGAAAACACUCAAGUGCCCUUUGGAGUAGUCUUCGGAGGAACAGACAUAAAUGAAGAUGUGAAAGUGGAGCAGAAGCGUGCAGUUAUGGAGCAGGUGUUGCUGAAAGCCAGAUUUGCUGUGGCAUUUACUGACAAACUGAAAGCAGAGGCUGAAGUAUUUCUGCUGUCCCAAAGCAGCAAAAUCUACGUCCAGCCUCAAGGGAUCAAGACUGAGGCGGCUCAGAGUUUCUGCUGGAGUGAAUUUCUAAGGCGCUCAGGUGUGAGUGGGGAGGAUGUGGAGGACCUGCAUGUGUUCCUACUAGUCUGUGGCCUGAGGAGAGUGAAGGAUCCUCUCUAUCUGCUGGAGGCAUUCUCAGAGUGGCACACUGAGAAUCCCCUGGUAGUGCUCAUCAUCAUCGGACCUAAGAGCAGCCAGCCCACUGUGCUGCUGCAGUGCAGACGCUGGACGAGCCCCAGCACCAAGACAUCUGCUGGGCUUGUCUGGGCCACCCAGGGGUUUCCACCCUGCCAGGUGUACGGUCACACUCCACUGGGCCCGGUGUCAUGGAGGGCAGCAUGGGAUCAGGCUACAGAUGUCUCUCUCUCUGUCACAUAUUGUGUGUUAGCAGAGGGCAGUGGUUAGCUUGAUUUCAAAACAAUUAUUAAUUUCUAUAUUUUAUUUACAAUUAUUAUGACCAGCUUAUGAAAUAGCAUUGAUUUCAAAAUGCACUUUCACUGUCGUGAUUCUUUUGUUGCUAUUUUUCAAAGUCUCUGUGUUGCAUUGACAUGAUAGUUGAUAAAACCUGGUCAAAAAGAGUAGUGCCAGAAUGCCCGAUGACAUCACCAUUACUGCAUAGUAGCAGGAGGUCUCACCUCUAGCACUAAAACACAAACGUUUUCCACUGAUUUGAUUGCAGUCUACUUUCCGUGGAUGAGUAUUGAUCUUCUGAGAAGGGCUGCCAAACAGAGGCUGUAUCUUAGCUGUCAAUGGCCACCUUGUUGCUUUUACUCCUGCUCUCUUUUCCUGUGUGUUCUCCGCCAUUGGCAUUUUCCUAUUGAUUCUGUGUGGGCCUCCUCCCACAGACCGCUUUAAUCACGCCAUCAAAUAAUAUAUUUUUAUAUUUUUUCUCCUACUCAAAUGUUUUUUUUAAAUGAUUAACUGUCUCUCAAACAGCAGUAUCAUAAAAAGGUAUGUUGUGUUUUUGAGUAGAAUUGGCCAGGGGCACACUGUCUCGGCUGAUGUUUUACAUGUUCUUCCUGCUCUGGUUUGUAUUGUUUGAUAAGAAGAUUCAGUGAAAGCAGAGCCUUUUAGUGAUUUUAAUGUAGACGACAUCAAAGGAAACAGUGGUGCCUGUGCUCAAAUGUAUUUGUGUUCGCUAAGAUAUGAAGGCAACAAAAUAUCCAUCCUUCCUAUGUUAAAUGAUGAUGUAUUGCUAAUUAUUAAAUGCAAGAUAAUGUAGUUGUUUAAGGUCGAUCGGGGAAGGUAUGAUUUCUCUCUCCAAACAAAUUCACACCAUUUCUGUUAUUCUGUCUAGGUUGUUAAAUUGAUUAUAUUACCAGUAAUCCAUUCAUAUAUUGAUCUCUGUAUAAGUACUAUAUCAAGGACUAGCAAUCACUGAUGUCAUACUUAUAUUGUCUCCCUGACCCUUUUUUUAUCUUUGUAAAUCCUAGCUUUGUUUCUGGAUGUUGAGUAUUCUCAAGUAAGAUUAUUUGCAUGUGAAACACAAAUGCGCAUUAAAUAUCACAUUUAAAUUCUGAAAAGCGAUAAGCAUGACAAUAAAACCAAAAAAAAUGAAACCGCAACUUGCGUGCAGCAUCUUUGACCUAAAUUGCUAUGAUGCUAGGACUUUGCGGUGGGCCAGCUAAUGCACGCAAAUCCCACAGCGCAAUUAAUCAGAUUGGGCACCCACCCCACCCUGACCCCAAUCUCUGAAAAUACAGGAUUUUCAGAUAAUGAUUUGGGCAUGUUAGAAAUGAUAAGCUGUGACAUUGUUGUAUCUCUUAUGGUCAUGAUUAAGGUAUGGCUGCCGUGUGU